AUGGGAGUGGGUGGACUGCUUCUCCGCAUCUGCGGCAUGGCGAUUCGCGUCCUGCAGUUCCUGGACGGCGCCGUCAUCCUCGGCAUCUUUUCCUACUACCUGGCCACCCUCUCGAGGAAUGAUCAGACCAUCGCAACAUGGAUGAAGGCCGUGGAGGGCAUGUCCGGUGCCGCCACGCUGUAUGGCCUGCUGGGCGUGCUCUUCGUCUGCUGCUUGGGCGGCGUGUCCUUCUUUGCCUUCUUGGGCGUCGUGCUGGAUGUCUGUUUCACCGGUGCGAUGAUCGCCAUCGCCGUGUUGACUCGCCGCGGCACCCAGAGCUGCAGCGGCAAAGUCACCACCCCCGUGGGCACGGGCGAUGCUGGCUCGAAAUCCCCCACCGCGCUCACCUAUGGCAUGGCGUGCAAGCUGGAGAAAGUGGCGUUUGCGGUGGCAGUGAUUGGAAUCUUCCUCUUCUUGAUCUCCAUCCUCUUCCAGGUCCUGCUGGCCCGUCACCACAAGCGUGAGAAGCGCUUCGGCCCCUCGCCCGCCAACGGCUACACCUCCGGCUCACGAAGGGGCUUCUUCGGUCGCAAGAAGAAGAACCUCGACGGGCCGGCACCUGAUGCUCUGCCCGGCCACCCGACGCCUAAUGAGGUGGAGAACGGUGCCACUGCCACGAACGAGAAGUCUUUCUUUGGCUCGUUUGGCCGCAACAAGAAUACCAAUAGCUAUGGCAACUCGGCCUACACCGGCACCUAUUAA